GGGAAAAAAGUGAAACAAAACAUUAAAAAAAAUAGUCUGCUUCUAAUUACAUCUCAAACUGGUGACUUAACUUUUUAUUUUGGCAGUUUUCCGCACUCCAGCUCCUGCCCAGGCCUGUGUCUGAGAGUCAAGACUAAUCAAAGGCACUUGUAUGGAGAGAACUGUUGGCCUCUGAAGGGAUUGAGCCAGUUCAGGCCAGCCUGCUGCUCUUUCUCUCCUUCUCUCCUUUUUCUUUCCCCUCUCACUCUCUCUUCCUGUCCUGUCUGUUUAAGGAGAGAAAGAUUGGGAAAUUCCUUCAAGCUACUUUACUUCAGGUUUCUGUGGGAUUUAAACAUGCACACUGAGGUUUUGGUACAGUCCAUGUUGGUGCCGUUGUUUCUGAUUCUGCUCUCUGCCGUGGAGGACACUUUGUUACAAUCGGUGAGCCAGGUGGGUGAUGUGUGCAAGCUGUCCACAGAGUCGUCCCAGCGCCGCUGCCGGACACCUGAUGGCAAGAUCUGUAGCGGGAGGGGCAGGUGUGACUGCGGCAUCUGCAUCUGCACGGCCACGGAUCCGGGGAAGUUCUACGGCCCACGCUGCGAGUGCCACGACUGGGUUUGCGCAACACACAGUGGGAAAACUUGCAACGACCGUGGCUACUGUGACUGUGGGACGUGUGAGUGUGAUGAAGGCUGGUUCGGAGAAGCCUGCCAGUUCCAGGAGGAGUGUAACCUCCCCAACAAGAAGAGCAAAGAGCUUUGCAAAAACCCACAGGGGGUGGUAUGCUCCAACAGAGGGACCUGCCACUGUGGUAGCUGCAUGUGUGACAAUAAGGACAACAAGGGUCUGGUGACAGGACGGUUCUGUGAGUGUGACGACAGCGAGUGUCUGGACGAGGACACCGGAGAGGUGUGUGGAGGCCAUGGCCAGUGUUACUGUGGAAACUGUUACUGUGCUGCUGGUUGGCAUGGAGACAAAUGUGAAUUCCAGUGUGACAUCAGCCCAUGGGAAAGCAAGCGGAGAUGCACCUCUCCAGAUGGCAAAAUCUGCAGCAACAGAGGGACCUGUGUGUGUGGGGAGUGCAACUGUUACGAUGUAGAUCCCUCCGGUGACUGGGGAGACAUUCACGGAGACACGUGCGAGUGCGAUGAGAGGAACUGUCAUGCAACCUACGACCGAUACACGGAUGACUUCUGCUCAGGUCACGGCCAGUGUAAUUGUGGCAGGUGCGACUGCAAGGAGGGCUGGGCUGGGAAGAAGUGCGAGCAUCCCCUGUCCUGCUCCCUGUCUCUUGAGAGCAGUUUGAGGAAGUGUCGAGGAACGUCCAAUUUGCCCUGCUUCGGACGAGGUCAGUGCCAGUGCGGACAGUGUACUUGCUUCCCACCUGGGGACAGCCGUGUUCAUGGCAAAAACUGUGAGUGUGAUGACCGGCAGUGCGAGGACAUCGGUGGAGAGGUCUGUGGAGGUCACGGUUACUGUUCGUGCGGACGCUGCAUCUGCCAGGAGGGAUGGUUUGGGAAGCUGUGCCAGUUCCCAAGGUCAUGUGACAUGAGCGACGUUCAGAGCAAGGAGCUCUGUGAGACUUCUGACGGAGUAAUGUGCAGCGGAAAAGGUUCGUGUCACUGUGGCCAAUGUAUCUGCUCUCCCCAGGACUGGUGGGUGUCUGGAGAGUACUGCGAGUGUGACGACCGAGAGUGUGACAAACAUGACGGUCUCAUCUGCACAGGGAAUGGGCUGUGCAAUUGCGGCAACUGCGAGUGCUGGGACGGCUGGACGGGGAACGCUUGUGAAAUCUGGUUGGGAGCAGAGUACUGAGGAGGAGAGGACACUGGUGUUAAGAGACAAGAGGCCUGGCUGCCCGGAGCGACCAGGAGCACCGCUGACGGUCACGACCAGGCUGGUAAAACACCACAGCCAGGAAAACCACGAGAGGAGGGAGAAGACAAAACUUAACAUGGAUGUCAUUUUGCAUAUCAGUAACAGUAUUCAUUCUUUUAUUGUACUGGUUACAAAUGAUCCUUAUAAAACUGGGUAUUGUAGGUGUAAAAGAAACAUAUUACCAUGUAAACACUUGUUUCCAAAACAGCUUUAUGUAUAAUUGUUUAAUAAUGUAGGAUUGCUUACAUAUUCCAGGUGGCUACACAUAAUAGGAUGCAGGUACAUGACAAAUCCAAAUGUUGGAAAGAGAAGAUUUAUUAAAGUGAGAUUUUUGGAGUGUGUGGAAUACCACUGGGAGAUGUGUUUUUAACUGGUACAGAAUGGUGUGUUUAACCCCAUGACCGUAUAUAAAGAUGGACGACACGUCUUCCCUCAAAAACGAAACAAAAAUACCCUGCAUAAAGCCCCCGCCAUGCGCUGAUAAUAUGAACUGGAGCCAGAGUCUGUGAAGAAGAGAUCUCCAAGGUACUGGUGUUGACUUUCGGCCCAUCCAUCCAACCAAAGCAGUGCCAUUGGAUGCAAGCACACUGAUUGGCACAUACAAUCAUGAAGUAACACCCCCUUUAUGUACCAUCGAGUACAGAGUAAAAAUAAAACGUACAGAAAACAAACAUACAUCAGUUUGAUAAGAACGACCUAAAAUCACAGAAACCACCAGAAUGACAGAAAAAUGUAUUUGACAUGCAUAUUGAAGUUUUAGUUUGCCACGUGUCCCAUCUUCUUACAUAGAAUUGGGUUAUGGAUUUAUACUUCAGCCAGCCGCCAGGGGUGAUUGAGAUGUUUUGGCUUCAUUUUUGGGCAUUUGUCCAAGAGGAAACCUUCAGGGUUAAAAAAUGAAGUCAACGUAGAAGUGCCAAAAACUGCAGUUCCUCUAAUCACCCCUUGAGGCUGGCUCCACAAGUGAAUAAAGCCCCAUAGACCCCCCAAAAUAUCCAACGUCACAGCAGAAAUAAACAUGUUUAUAGCCUGGUACAAAAAAAAUUAAAUUGGUCACUAAUUUAUUGACAACUGUACAGGGGUUUAAAUUUCAUAUAACUCUCGUUCUUUCUUCUAUUGUUUUUAAGGAUUAAAAUUACACAAAUUUACGGCCAGGGCCACUUGACUGAUAGUCAUGUGUCAGGUGUUUCUUCCAGGCCCCCCAGGAAAGCUGCUCAGCCUUGCUUUCAAUUUUUCCCGGUGGCCACUUGUGGUAUUGCAGCAAAAAAAACCCCGUAUGCACCAGGUGAGCAACUCCACUGGGAUGAGUAGGCGCCGUCUUAGUGUCUGGUAUCGAGAUAUUACUGAACAUCUUUGGUCGCUACAGUCUGUGAGUUGGAUCCAUUCCUCGUUCUUCCACAGGUCAGACUUCUCAUCCAAAUGCAGUCGCCUCUGGCUUCAGAUAUCCAAGACAGGGACGUCCAAAAUGCCAAAGUCAAAGCUUCCAAACAGCAGUCCCCAAACCAAUUAGUGAUGUCAAGGGUAGCUACGUUCAUUAUUUUAUACAGUUUAUGGAGCUCUCACGUCGUCCAUCUUUAUUAUACAGUCUAUGUUUCUUAAAUUGGUAUAAAAGUUAACUUGAAAGCUCGAGGCAGGUGUUACUGUUUGAGGUUUUUAUUUCUUUUUAAUAAUAAAACAUUAAAUGUGUCGCAUGACACAACAUUUUGCAUGGAAAACAAUGCGAAGACCUUAAUCAUACAUGGUUACAAAUUUGUUAUAACAUGACAUAACUCCAAUGGGCAUACUUGCAAUGGUAUAUAUAUUUUUUGAAAAUAAAUCAUUUUAAUAGUG